AUGGGCAGACGGAUCAGGAAGGGCUCCUUCUUCGCAGCUGACAGCGGGGCCCAAGAAGCCACGGCCCUGAGGGGUCGGGGCACCGCAGCCAGAGAGCAGCCCCCGCCGGCCACGACCAGAGAGAGCCCUGCGGCACCCCUGCUCCGGGCCCUCCACUCCACCCAGAACGCUCCUGUUGCGGCCAGGAUUGGCAGCCCUGGGGUGACCCCGUGCACCAUCACUGGGGAGGGGCCCCCGCCCGCCUGCCCGCACCCUGCGCGAGUCACGGUGAGGUGGGCUGGGAGGACACAGGAUGGGCAGGAGCAGCCAGCCAGCCAUCUGACCCUGGGCCAGGAACGCAGCGAGUUGCCAGUGCUGCUCACCCCGGGCAGGCACCGCAGGGCCAUCCAUCAUCCCCAGCUGCCCGGGGAGUGA